AUGGAGGAGGAGGAGAGAGAGAGAGGAGACAUGGAGGAGGAGGAGAGAGAGAGAGGAGACAUGGAGGAGGAGGAGGAGGAGAGAGGAGACAUGGAGGAGGAGGAGAGAGAGAGAGAGAGACAUGGAGGAGGAGGAGGAGGAGAGAGGAGACAUGGAGGAGGAGGAGAGAGAGAGGAGACAUGGAGGAGGAGGAGAGAGAGAGGAGACAUGGAGGAGGAGGAGAGAGAGAGAGGAGACAUGGAGGAGGAGGAGAGAGAGAGGAGACAUGGAGGAGGAGGAGAGAGAGAGAGGAGACAUGGAGGAGGAGGAGAGAGAGAGAGGAGACAUGGAGGAGGAGGAGGAGGAGAGAGGAGACAUGGAGGAGGAGGAGAGAGAGAGAGGAGACAUGGAGGAGGAGGAGGAGGAGAGAGGAGACAUGGAGGAGGAGGAGAGAGAGAGGAGACAUGGAGGAGGAGGAGAGAGAGAGGAGACAUGGAGGAGGAGGAGAGAGAGAGGAGACAUGGAGGAGGAGGAGAGAGAGAGGAGACAUGGAGGAGGAGGAGGAGGAGAGAGGAGACAUGGAGGAGGAGGAGAGAGAGAGGAGACAUGGAGGAGGAGGAGAGAGAGAGGAGACAUGGAGGAGGAGGAGGAGAGAGAGAGGAGACAUGGAGGAGGAGGAGAGAGAGAGGAGACAUGGAGGAGGAGGAGAGAGAGAGAGGAGACAUGGAGGAGGAGGAGAGAGAGAGGAGACAUAGAGGAGGAGGAGGAGAGAGAGAGGAGACAUGGAGGAGGAGGAGAGAGAGAGGAGACAUGGAGGAGGAGGAGAGAGAGAGAGGAGACAUGGAGGAGGAGGAGAGAGAGAGAGGAGACAUGGAGGAGGAGGAGGAGAGAGAGAGGAGACAUGGAGGAGGAGGAGAGAGAGAGAGGAGACAUGGAGGAGGAGGCGAGAGAGAGAGGAGACAUGGAGGAGGAGGAGAGAGAGAGAGGAGACAUGGAGGAGGAGGAGAGAGAGAGGAGACAUGGAGGAGGAGGAGGAGGAGAGAGGAGACAUGGAGGAGGAGGAGAGAGAGAGAGGAGACAUGGAGGAGGAGGAGAGAGAGAGAGAGACAUGGAGGAGGAGGAGGAGAGAGAGAGGAGACAUGGAGGAGGAGGAGAGAGAGAGGAGACAUGGAGGAGGAGGAGAGAGAGAGAGGAGACAUGGAGGAGGAGGAGGAGGAGAGAGGAGACAUGGAGGAGGAGGAGAGAGAGAGAGGAGACAUGGAGGAGGAGGAGGAGGAGAGAGGAGACAUGGAGGAGGAGGAGAGAGAGAGGAGACAUGGAGGAGGAGGAGAGAGAGAGGAGACAUGGAGGAGGAGGAGAGAGAGAGAGGAGACAUGGAGGAGGAGGAGAGAGAGAGGAGACAUGGAGGAGGAGGAGGAGGAGGAGAGAGGAGACAUGGAGGAGGAGGAGAGAGAGAGAGAGGAGACAUGGAGGAGGAGGAGAGAGAGAGGAGACAUGGAGGAGGAGGAGGAGAGAGAGAGGAGACAUGGAGGAGGAGGAGAGAGAGAGGAGACAUGGAGGAGGAGGAGAGAGAGAGAGGAGACAUGGAGGAGGAGGAGAGAGAGAGGAGACAUAGAGGAGGAGGAGGAGAGAGAGAGGAGACAUGGAGGAGGAGGAGAGAGAGAGGAGACAUGGAGGAGGAGGAGAGAGAGAGAGGAGACAUGGAGGAGGAGGAGAGAGAGAGAGGAGACAUGGAGGAGGAGGAGGAGAGAGAGAGAGACAUGGAGGAGGAGGAGAGAGAGAGAGGAGACAUGGAGGAGGAGGCGAGAGAGAGAGGAGACAUGGAGGAGGAGGAGAGAGAGAGAGGAGACAUGGAGGAGGAGGAGAGAGAGAGGAGACAUGGAGGAGGAGGAGGAGGAGGAGAGAGGAGACAUGGAGGAGGAGGAGAGAGAGAGGAGACAUGGAGGAGGAGGAGAGAGAGAGGAGACAUGGAGGAGGAGGAGGAGAGAGAGAGGAGACAUGGAGGAGGAGGAGAGAGAGAGGAGACAUGGAGGAGGAGGAGAGAGAGAGAGAGGAGACAUGGAGGAGGAGGAGAGAGAGAGGAGACAUAGAGGAGGAGGAGGAGAGAGAGAGGAGACAUGGAGGAGGAGGAGAGAGAGAGGAGACAUGGAGGAGGAGGAGAGAGAGAGAGGAGACAUGGAGGAGGAGGAGAGAGAGAGAGGAGACAUGGAGGAGGAGGAGGAGAGAGAGAGGAGACAUGGAGGAGGAGGAGAGAGAGAGAGGAGACAUGGAGGAGGAGGCGAGAGAGAGAGGAGACAUGGAGGAGGAGGAGAGAGAGAGGAGACAUGGAGGAGGAGGAGGAGAGAGAGAGGAGACAUGGAGGAGGCGGAGAGAGAGAGGAGACAUGGAGGAGGAGGAGAGAGAGAGGAGACAUGGAGGAGGAGGAGAGAGAGAGAGGAGACAUGGAGGAGGAGGAGAGAGAGAGGAGACAUGGAGGAGGAGGAGAGAGAGAGGAGACAUGGAGGAGGAGGAGAGAGAGAGGAGACAUGGAGGAGGAGGAGAGAGAGAGAGGAGACAUGGAGGAGGAGGCGAGAGAGAGAGGAGACAUGGAGGAGGAGGAGAGAGAGAGGAGACAUGGAGGAGGAGGAGAGAGAGAGGAGACAUGGAGGAGGAGGAGAGAGAGAGGAGUAUCCCGGACUGAGGUUGUAG